AUGUCGGCCACUGCAUCCGCCACCAACGCCUGCCCGGCUCCGGCCCCGACAUCCUCCCAAUCCACGGAGAAAAAAGUUAAGCCAUGCUGCGUCUGUACCGACGAGAAAUCCGCCCGCGACGAAUGCAUGCUUUUCUCCCAAUCGUCUGAUCCGGGGAAUCGGGAGUGCAAAGACCUGGUGAGCCGCUAUCGGAUUUGCAUGGCGGGAUUCGGGUUCCAGGUGUGA